AUCGUUGAUUGCGAGUAGGACUAACAAUGUCGCCUGCUGAUCACCACAACGAAGGGUCGCAAGACCCCGUCCCAUCGGCCCCUCCAGAACAGCCACAACAACAACAGGGGGGAACUGCUGGAGUUGAUGCAUCCACUCAGAGCAGGUGUCCUCUGCUGCCGUUAAGUAACGCUCCUCAGCAGAUGGAAAUGAUCGACCCUCCGCGAGGCCCAUACUACAACACAGCAGUAGAGCAAGCAUUCACCAACAGUCCGUGGUCGGACGGUUUAUGCGACUGCUUCUCAGAUCAGAGCUCUUGCCUAUUAAUGGUACUCGUUCCACUCUGGCCAGUGUUGAUGCACCAAAUUCUCACCAGAGCUCAACCUCGUGACGAGCCGUAUCCUCUGGGGCUCCCCUCGCCAGCAGCGGUGUCCUGGGUGUAUGCUGUGGCGGUGAUUGCUGGUCUUCUGGACAUCCCUGGCCUCAACUUCGCAGGAUGGGUUGUAUCAGUCUAUCUCAUGUACGACGCCGCACGAACUGUGGUGCGGUUCUACAACAUUCAGGACCCGGAGAGAUCUACUCCAGUGUGGCUAGUUGUGAAGUCAUCAUUCUGUCAAUGUUGUCUUCUCGGGCAAGUGGCACGUCACGUGAAUCGAGCUACGGGUUUCGCUCAAUCUCAAGUGCUUAUCCACCAUGAUCUACCGCAACCCGAGGUUAAUAGGGAACCGCGUGAUUUGGAGAGAGCUGAAUAGAUAAUUUUGAGGGAUGCAAUAGAAAUUGUUCAUAUUUAAAUAUCAUGCUCACCCGUCGGUCCUCGCUAGCAUGCGAGUUCGUCUCAUCUUAGCUCAACUUUUCCAC